AAGGGGAAACCGCUAGCGCCCAUUAGCGAAGGUGAAAAACAAACACUAAUUUCUAAUGUUUCUCGGUGAAUGACACAUGUCGAUCGACGGCGCAUAGAACAAGGGGUUACUCUAGCAUAACGCGUUCCCCUAGAUACAUGUUCGUUGGUCUAUUAUUACUUGGUCUACCCGGCUAGAAAAUAGUGUGGAGUGAGGGAGUGCCUCUUUCGCAUUCUAAUCGAUCCAUAACUCUUUCUACCUUUAUUUGAACGGUGUGAGGGUUCUGCGGUUUGGUUGACUAUUGAUACCGGUUUCAGUCGCACGGGAGCUACGACAAAGGAACGAAAUGGAAAAGCCACCAAGUGUCCCACCACCAUCGGAGCCGGAACCGGAGCCGGAAAAUGUGCACGAAAUGUACAUCGAUCACUGUUUCGAGCGCAUCCGCCAGGUACGGUUGGUGAAGCAAGUGAUCGUGAUGAACGAGAAUGGCCAUCCGAUACGUAGCACGAUCGCAAACACGGAGGAUGCGACCACUGCUGCCGGUCUGUACGCGAGUUUGAAGGAUAAAGCCUGCUACAACCUGAAAACGAUCGAUGCGGACGAUGAAUUUGUGAUGCUGCGUAUCAAAACGCGCAACAACGAGGCCAUCAUCAGCACCGAUCCGGACCAUGGAUUGAUGUACAUAACGGUGCAAGUACCAGAGUGAGAGUGAAUAAGGCUUUUAAAGGUCUGAUUGGGCAAUUUUUCUUCUAAAUCAUCUUAACCAGUGCAAUGAUAAUGACUCUACUAGUACUAGUAGUACUAAAUUUUCAACAAAAUAGCUAGAUUUCAUCCAUAUUGUGGCUGAAAAUGUGAUAUUCAAAUUACGCAUUAAUUUGAAAGUCCACGGAACGCAUUAUUCGCAUUAUUCGAGGAAAGACUUAACGAGUAAAAAUAAUUCACAAAAAUCAUGCGGUGGAAUAAAAGCUAAAUAAAAAAUCACACAAACUAUCAAACUAACAUUUAAGCAUAUAAUUGUACUGUACCAAUAAUAAUAAUAAUAGGAACUAUCACUUUUCAUGUCGCAGAUCUUCAAACUUUUAGCAAUCCACAAAUCACAAACAUUCAUGAUCAAGGCUUCCUUUUAAGUAGGGUAACUGUACCAGUAUUCGGCAGUGUGCCUGUUUUCGGCAGGGUAACAAAAAACGUGUAAUUACACAAUAACGCGUUGAAAAUUGUAUCAACAUAUAUUUUUUAAAUAGAGAUAUGCUCAUUUGUUAUUCAUAUACGAAG